AGAGAUACAAAAAAAAUACAACAUCACUGUAAACUAAAUAUUAAUUGGGGAAAAUUGUGUAUUUUGUGCAUUUUUUCUAAUUUAAACUACUGCUCAGGUUUGUCAACAGAUCGAUCUUAAAGGACUACCAUUUGGACUUAUGUGGAUGAUUGGGCCUACUUGGACACAGUGAUGUAAACACUGCUUUUCGGUUGACUAGCAAAGGUUUGACAGCUGAAGACCACAGGAGGCAAGGACACAGAACCAGAGACAUGGCAGAGGCACCCAAGGUUGAGCUAUUUAUCAAGGCAAGUGACGAUGGUGAAGGAGUUGGCAAUUGUCCAUUCUGUCACAGGCUCUUCAUGAUUCUUUGGCUUAAGGGGGUUAAUUUCACCCUCACCACAGUGGACAUGAAAAGAGCCCCAGAGGUUCUCAAAGACCUUGCUCCAGGCUCUCAACCCCCAUUCCUCCUUUAUAAUGGAGAAGUACGCACUGACACUAACAAGAUUGAAGAGUUUCUGGAAGAGACCUUGGCACCCCCACAAUUUCCCAAACUGUGCUGUCGCUAUAAGGAGUCGAACAGUGCUGGUGAUGAUAUUUUCCACAAGUUCUCUGCUUACAUCAAAAACCCCAACCCUGGACUUAAUGACAUGCUGGAAAAGAAAUUUCUGAAGAGUCUGAUGAAACUGGAUCAGUACCUGCUCACCCCUCUUCCAUACGAGUUGGAUAAGAACCCGAAUUUAACUCAGUCUUCUCGAACCUACCUGGAUGGAGACUCACUCACUCUUGCUGAUUGCAACCUUCUACCCAAGCUACAUAUCGUCAAGGUUGUGUGUCGGAAAUAUCGUGAUUUUGGGAUCCCUGCAGCCCUCACUGGCCUAAGUAAGUACUUAGAGAAAGCCUACCAGCGGGAAGAGUUUCGCUGCACGUGCCCCAAUGACGCAGAGAUCCUGCUUGCCUACCACUCAGUGGCCAAAUAUCUCAACAAGUAGAUCACGUAAUGGAGCGGUUCUUUGGCAAGCUUGAAUCGUACAGUUUGUCAUGUAACUUAAAUCCUAUGUUAGACGUUUCAAAUCACUUGUGGUUUGUAGGUGGAGGUUUAUUUUUUUGUACAAAUGAGACAAUAUAUGCAUUGUGUGUAUUUGCUGCCUUCUUUGUUUCAUAUUUUCAUGUUAGCCUAUCUAUUGUUAUUACUUUUGGUGCUGCUAUAUUCUCUGCAUAUACAUAUGGAAUCAUUUGUCUCUACAAUUGACAGUGUAAAAAAAAUAUUUAACCAUUUGAGUUUUCUAUCACUUCCUGGUGAUUUUUUUUUUAUGGUUUGUAAUAGUUAUGAAUGGCAUGUGUACGGUGGAUCACAGUGAAAAUGGUUCGAAUAAUUCUAGAUUAGUUUGAAGGUGCUUGAUGAGCUUGAAUGUGCCCUACAGGACUCUCCGUGACGAGCUUGCAGAAGUGAGUUGUUGUUUAAUGUUGAUUUAAUGUAUCUAAUAGACUUUGCUUCAAUUACUAUGGGCUGCAGACUUUCUUUGAGAAACCAUUCAUGGAUAUCAAUAAAGGAUGCGCACACCAUUAGCAAACAAAAAUGAAAUUAAUUAGGCGGCACAGAGACACAGCAGUGGGUGUUGCUCCCUCACAGUUACAGGGUCACCAGGUCGGUUUUACUGUCUGUGUAGAGAUUUGCAUGUGUUCCUCCUUCAGGGUUUCCUCAAGGUUGACUGGUUUUUUCCUCAAUGGCCUAAAGCAUGUCAGUAAGUGGCAGUUAUGUUCAAUUGCCUGUAGGUGUAAAUGGUGAUAGAUGGACAAACAGUGUUACUAGAAUAGGCUCUGGAUCCAAUGCCAUAUUCAUCUCUCGAGAUAAAGCUGUUAGUAAAGAUGAACAAAUUCAAUUGCAUUACAUAUUUGCAAGACCUCAAAACUGAAUCAAGAAUGUGGACCAAAUGGUGUGGUGGGAAAACUUUUAAUGGAAACCAUUUGGGCAAUUUUAUAUUAUUGUUUUUAGUUACUUUCUUUCUUUCUUUUUACAAGACGACAUUAAAUUCUGUGUACAAGAAAAAAGCAUGGACAUGACAAAUAAUAAAAUAAAUAAAAAUGUGAAUAAAAAGCUG